AGGUCAAUCCCGGAAGUUCCUUAUAAUGUGGUUGGGUUUGAUCGGUCAAUCCUGGGUAUGCCUAUCCAUGUAGGUAAACAUAGAGAAGAAGCCGUGUUCCCCAAGGAGUUUAUUGAAGACUUGGCUAAUGUUAGUGCUGAUGGAACCAUUACUUUACACAAAAACGAUUGGGAUUUCAUGGAACCAGAUGAUAGAGUUACCCGGGUAGAUCCCAGAAGUGUCCGCAGUAUUAACGAUAUGAUUCGUAAAACCACAACCACUAUUGCAUCUCCACCCCCUGCAUCCGCCUCCACCAACACUGAUCUUGAAGAUCAUAUGCAAGAAGAGAAUUACAUUUAUAUCCCCUCCAUCAAGAAUUAUAGAACGUUGGAUUAUGCCUUUGACGAAACCAAGCGAGUUAAACGAGAAAUCCUGCUGAUGCAAACGUCAUUGAUAAACGAGUUUCAAGAAAUGCUUCGACGCACAUUCCCCACCGGUUUCUACAUGGGUCUCGAUCUUCAAUGCAAGCUGAACCAAUUCUCCCUCAUUGAUUCCAAGACCGAUGCCCGUAUGGAACUCCCCAUGAUUCCAUUAUAUGCCAAGUUCGUCACGACAAAGAGACUGAAGCGGAGAUUGUGGAACCAUUUGUUUAAGUUGUUCCUUAUCAAUGUUGAUGAACAUAUCCAGAAUGUUAUUGCCGUGAGUGAAUUCCAAGAACGUCAACUUGACAAGUUCAUCCUGAGAGUCAAGAAGAAUAUCAAGCUUGCCAUUCAGUUCAGGUGUGAUUUGAAAUCAAGCAAGAUUCAUGUGAAACGCAAUGUUGAUGCCGUAUUAUUUAAACCAUACCUGGAUAGAAAUUAUACAAGAAUUUAUUGGAUAAAGCCUCCACAUGCUAACAUAGGUAUUAGAAGGGGAGCCAUGCGUGUCAAGUGGAUGAACAUUGAAGACGUUUUGAACAAGAAGAAGCCAGUAACUAAGCACCACCAGCAUCAAGACCAACCACACCAUUAUCAUCAUCAUAGUUAGUUUUAUUAGUUUCGUAGUUAAUUUAUAGAUAGAUUUUUUGCAAUGCACGACUUUGUAAUUACAUGCAGG